AUGGUGUUGUCAGUCGUAUUCCUCAUUUACACGGGGAGGCGUUCACAUCAGCUCAGCAAAUCCGGUGGACCACCCCCUAAUCAAUCCCAAAUUUCCCCUAUCGACUUGGAUUUGAAAGUGACGAUGGAAAAUUGCAAGACUGUGCGGAAAUUCUGGGCAACGAAGCCAGCAAGCCAGCAAGCGGGUCUGUUUUGCAAGAGCUGGCUCCCGGUUUAUAAUACCAUACCCCUCAACGCGACCGACGCUCACACUGCCAACACUACACCCACUCGGCACUCUACCGAUGAUGCCGCGGGAUCGGGGUGGGGUGGUCGACGGCAGGCUGAAGUUUAUGGAACGAAGAAUGUGCGAGUUAUCGACGCGUCUGUGAUGCCGUAUCAGGUCGGUGGACAUUUGACUAGCACGCUCUGUGCGAUUGCGAAGCGGGCGGUGGAGUCUAUUAAACAAGGAUACAUAUUUCGAACUGCGGAAGAGAUAGGAAAUGCUGAGGCAAUGGAGAUCCAGCAGUUGACACAACAGUCAAUCCUGAGGGGAUGA